AGUUUUAAACUUUAAAUGAAUACAUUUUACAAUCUAUCUCUAUUCUAGUUAUGGACGACGGGCCUCCUGGUUUCGAAUCUGCUGGUGCUGCAGACCCUCAGAACUUUAUGAUGAACCAGGAUUUUCCUCCACGCAAGCAAGAUAACCAGAGUUUUGGGAACUUUCCAGACAAUCAAAGCUUUGGAAGACCCAGCAAUUUCGAGGGUGAUGGUCCUCCUCGUGAAAGUGGAACACAAUCAGACCAUGGACGUUCACGUUCUCCUCCAAAGAUAGAGCAAUCACCUCAUCGAAUGGGCAGAUCUUUUGGAGGGAGACCAAUGAUGAACCGAGGGCCACCACCUGGUACAUUCCACCCUCCUGGGAUUGGACCUCCAGGGAUGGGUCCUCCAGGUCUUGAUGGUCCUGCAGAUGAUUUAGCUCCUCCAGGAAUGGAACGUGAGCGACCAGGAUCAGGAGACCUUGGACCCCCAGGGUUAGAACGAACAGGAGGGGGUGCUCAUGCGGGUGGUGAUGACCAUGAACAUGAUGAUGAGUUUGGUUCACAUGCUCACAACGAUGAGCCUGAUUGGGACCAUCGUGAACGAGGUCGUAGAGACUUUGACAGAAGAGGAGGCCCUGCAAAUUUCAGCCCAAGAUGGAGAGGUCCUGGUCCCAUGAAUAGGGGAGGUUAUCAAAGAGGAGGAGGAUUUAGAGGAGGUUAUAAUAACAGGGGUUCACCUGAUUUCAACCGACGUGGUGGACCUGGUCCCAGAGGUGGAUUCAGGGGUCCACCCCCUGGAAUGUUUGGUGGCCCUCCUCCUAGAUGGGAUGGUCCUGGAGGUUAUCCUAUGGGUCCAAUGCCUGGCAUGGGGCCUGGUGGCAUGCCUGGACCAGCUCCUCCUGCUAACCCCAUGUUUACUGAUGUAGAUGGUGAGGUCUGGAUCGAGUACAAAAAUGAUCAAGGUCGUCCAUACUACUACAAUUGCAAGACUCAAAAAACUGUUUGGACAAAACCUAAACUUAAAGAAGAAGGUCCAGGUGGCCCAAUGAUGGACCCUAUGAUGAGAAUGCCAGUUCCUGGACCUGGUAUGCCUGGAAUUCCAGGUCCAAUGGGAAUGCCCCCGGGUGGAAUGCCUGGUCCCGGUGGUAUGCCUAGAUUCCCUGGUCUUCCGUUCAGUGGAGCUCCAGACAUGAUUCCCAACCAAGGUCCAGGUGCGGGUGGUCAUCCUCCAGAAAAUGCAGCACCCAAGAAAAUAUGGUCCGAGCACAAAACAGAAACUGGCAAGGUUUACUUCUACAACUCCGUUACCAAGCAGUCAGUCUGGGAGCGUCCUAAAGAAAUGGAUGAGGAGCAAGGAGGAGUAAAGAGAACACCUGAGCCACUGGAGCAACAGCUUCCAGUCAGUAGUAAUGCUAAGAUAACUAUUCCAGGUAUCCCAGAUUCCAUAGCCCCAGCAAUCAUGGCAGCACGUGCUGCCGCGGCUGCAUUGGCAGCGAACUUAAACAAGAGCAACGAUGAAGUUCCUAACAUUCAGCACCAACUCAACAAGUCCUCAACACCACCCCCACAUGCACAGUUCUCCAGCAGAGAGGAGGAAGACACGCCAGAGCCGGAGAGUACUGAAAGUCACGACGUGGAGAUGCAGGAAGACUCGGAGAGUGAUAGAGAAGAAGCGCCGCCCUCCCAGCAGCCGGAGGAGAAGAGAGAAGAAGUGGCUCCGGGAGACUCGAACAAACCAGUGGCCAUCAACAGUGUUAUUGGGACACCUUGGUGCGUCGUCUGGACGGGGGAUAACCGGAGUUUCUUCUACAACGCCGUGUCUAAGGAGUCUCACUGGGUAAUGCCUGACGAGCUGAAGGAUAAUCCUCAAGUUGAGAAACUCCUUACAGAACCUCCCAAACCAAAGGGGAAAGAAGGUGCAUCUCUAUCAGAAGAUCUGCCGGCUAGGAAAAAACCAAAGUUGGAAAAGACUGUCCUUGGAAAGAAAUCAGACGGGAUAAUAAUAAACCUGUCUUCCUCUUCCCUUCCAACCAGUAUUAUAAAUACAGCUUCUAGCGCUAUUGAUGAACCACAAGCAAAGCCGCCUGCAGAGAAGAUCGAGCCUACAAAGUACCAAAAAGAAAAGAUGUCACUAGAAGAGAGGCAGACUGCGUUCAGAGAAAUGUUGCUCGACAGGGAAGUGUCCGCGUUCAGCACUUGGGAUAAGGAGCUCCACAAAAUUGUGUUCGAUCCGCGGUAUUUGCUUCUCUCGGGGCGGGAGAGGAAGCAAGCCUACGAGAGCUUCAUCAAGAGUAGGGCUGAGGACGAGAGAAUAGAGAAGAGGAAUAAGAUAAAAGAUAACAGAGAGAUGUUCAAGAAGUUGAUUGACAAGGCUAAUCUUUCGUCCAGAGCGACAUUCAGUGAUUUCGCCCAAAAGUACGGCAAAGAUCCCAAGUUCAAAGCGAUAGAGAAGAUGAGAGAGAGGGAGCACCUUUUCAACGAGUGGAAGUCAGAACAGCAAGCUGAGAAGAAGAAAGAGGGAGAAGAGCCGGUAAAGGAGGAAGUAGUCCACGAGAAGAGGGAGUCCCGAGAGCGAGAAAGAAGUAAAGAUAAGAGUAGAGGGAGUGGGGAUAGGCACGAGAGUAGAGGGAGUGGGGAUAGGCACGAGAGCAGAGGCAGUAGGGACAGACAUGAGAGCAGAGGUAGUAGGGACAGGCAUGAGAGCAGAGAUCGACAAAGUCGGGACAGACGCGACUCAAAAGAAUCCAAGGCGAAACAGAUCAAGGACGACUUCACGGAUAUGUUAAGGCACGGGGAUGUGAGGAUAAGUCCGGACUCUUCUUGGAGCAAGAAAAAGAAAUAUUUCGCCGACGAUGAGAGGUACAUAGCGGUCGGCUCUUCCUCUACCAGAGAGGAGUAUUUCUAUGAGUACACUAAGUCGUUAGAGAAUAGAGAACCGGAGCUGAGUGAGACGGAAAAGAAGGCCAUAGCAAGGAAGGAAAGGGAGGCGGCUGCAAUGAAAAAAAGGGAGGGAGAAGUGGCUAGAAAACAGGUGGACCAGAAUCGGGAAUGGGAAAGAGAGCGUGGUGCUCACGCCAGGGAAGAGGCGCAGCAACACUUCUUAGCCCUCUUGCACGACAUGGUGCGGGAUGCAGAUGCGUCAUGGCGCAAAACCCGCAAACAGUUGCGAGAUGAUAGUCGGUGGGAGCUAGCUGCUUUGUUGGAUGCGGAUCAGAAAGAAAAGUUAUUCUUAGAGCAUAUCGACAAUCUUUCUAACAAGAGAAAACGGUCCUUCAAGCGGCUUCUGGACGAAUGCGAGCAUGUGACCCUGACGUCAACUUGGAAGGAGAUCAGAAGGAAAAUAAAACACGACCCUAGGUUCAGCAAAUUCUCAGAAGACGACAAGGAGAGAGAAGCAGAGUUUAGCAGGCACAUAAAAGAUCGGGUAUCCCUCGCAAAAUCGGACUUCAAACAAUUGUUGAAGGAAAUCAAAUGUGUUUCCCACAAGUCGAAGGAAAUAUUACGUGGCCCAAACGGAGACUCCCACAUGAGGGAAAUUAGGCAGUUUUUAACGAACGAUAAGAGAGGGCUUGUUUUGGAUGAUUUGCCAGAAGAGCGAGAUAGGAUACUAGACGAUUAUCUGGCAGAAUUAGAGAAAUUCGGACCUCCACCCCCGCCCACAGCAACUAGACCAUCUAAACGAUAAACUAAAUUAUAUGUUUUAACCUUAUCUUCACAGUUUCUUACUCACCCCUGCACUUACUGAUUUCAUUGAAUAACAUUCUAAUAUAGUUUGCCAUAAAUCGCUGAAUCUGGAAUUUGUGAGUGCAGUGAGG